UGUCCAGCAAAGAAAUUGCUAAAAAAGGCUUCAUCGGAAUGCGGAAACUUUGGUUGGUUUGAUGUUCACAUGAAAAAAGAAGGGGUAUUGAAGAAGGAGCUGUGACCAAUAAAUGAUCAAAGGUAUUCAAUGCCAUCUCAUCAUAAUUAUAAACGCCGCUGUUGCAUAUUUACAUUACGUUGGUGUUAGAUUUGUGCUAUUAUUGGAAAACAAUAAUCCAGAGUGUUAACCAGGCACAACAAAUACAGAAACAUGAAUAUUUGUCUUGAGUGCAACUACACUUUGUAUGGUUUCCUUCACGUUUUCUGUCACACGGAUAUUUUUACAACUAGCAAUGAAUGCCUAGACGUCUCUCGAACAGGCAACAAGGAGACACCUUUAUUGUCUUUUCUCUCCUUGACGGUUGGAGCGUGACGAAAGGCUUCAUCAAAUUCUUUACUUUCCUCAACGUUGAGCUACAUUCGUCUGGUCAAAACUGACCCCCCACAGGCACGGUACGGUGGGGGUCGCAUAAACAGGUUUGAAAUGUCGCGGCUAGUUUAUAAAACUUCGGGUUCGGUUGUAAAAUUCAGGGAGUAGCGGCCUAAGCCGAAAAGGUUUGUGAUCAGUUUACACUGUGACUGGAGCGGGCGUAUAGAGAUGGCUAACAAAAAGAUGUUCCUCCUCUGUCUCGUCACUGUACUGGCUCACUGCCACGCCUCGGCAGAUCUCUCACGGCCCCAGCUACACGCUUUUCCAGGCCAUGCCAAUGCCAACAAUUUCGGCAGUCCACACAACAGUGCCGCGUACGGUAAUCCUCUCCCUGGUAAUAACCCUGGAUAUGGUUCCUUCAACAAGGGCGCCAGAAAUGCUGGUUCAUUCUACCCUGGAGCUCCCAAUUUCGGCGCCAACCCACCGGCCAAGCAAGCGCCAGUUGUGCCUGUAAAGGCGGCCGUUCCUGUAGCUGUUCCGUAUCCAGGUCAAGCUAAAGUCUUCGCCAACCAGAUCAAACCGGGACAGAACAUCCUUCAAGGGCGAGGUGUCCCUCAGGACCGAAAUGUCUUCAAACCUCUUCAGACAAACAGCUUCAAACCACAACAGUCACAAGUCCCGGCAUUUUUACCCAGUUCCAGCUCCGGUCAAUACCCCGGCAACAAUGUCUAUCAACAAAACAGAGUCUUCCAGCCCGUCAGUUUGCCCAAAGAAAAGAGUGCUGAUCGUGAGCGGUUUCUGCCAAUUCUUGAUAACAGAUACAUUCCACCUACAACCUUCAAAAAAGAACCCAAGUCUCUGGGGUCUGCAGAUUCUCUCUUCGCUAUCGCUGACCCAAAAAUUGACAGACGCAACGCCAUCAACUCUUACGUGCCCCAGAACAACUUUGUCGACCCAACCAACUUCAUCAUACCGACUGACGACAAGUACCAGAUCGUGGACUCUGUCUUCGGAGGGUUCGGGAAAGCCAUCAGUUCAGGCCCUAGCUCCUUCCCCGGUGGUUCAAAAGGAAUAGGCACCGUUGGAGGUCUAAGAAAUAGUUUUAUGGGCAUUGGACCAAAGUUUGGAUUCCAGGGAAAUCAGGGCACAUUUGGCAUCAACAGCUCACCGCUGGGAAGCAGCCAACAAUUCCAGAAGAAAAACAAUAAUCUCCAAAAGACGACAUUAGGGAAUGCGGACGGUGGUAACUUCGUUAGGGCACAAGGACAGCUGCUCAAAGCAACAUCUGCGCCUUUCGUAAGUGGUUCAAAGAGCGGCGACAAUUUCCUGCAAAAACAAGGCUUUGCUGAUCAGGGUCGCCAGACCUUCAACAACAACUAUGAUUCGAAAUCUAGCGACAGCGGCAACAGACUCAUUCGUAACUUCGGAGGCGAUUCAUCAGGAUCUGUCUUUUCCAAACCGGCGCCUUCAAACUUCGGCGGUUUCAGUUCUAACCCUGGCCCUGAUAUCUUUAAAGAACGAGUAGGUUCCCAGUCACCAUAUGGAGACACGAGUCUGUUCAAUUCCCCCCAAAGCAUGACCCCUCUGUUCACGGGUUUUACUCCAAACAAACGUCUAUCAGUAAAUGACUUCAGAUCCAAAGAUCUUCUGGGAGACAAGGACUUCGGUGUCACUCCCUAUGACAAGAAUCGUCAGACAUCCUUCAAUCUAGUCGGCGGCAACAACGAUUUUAAUAAUUUUAACGGAUUCCCACAGUACAACAACCCCACUACUAAAACACAAAGUACCCUGGCGGCAGGCACUAAAGGCAACAACCUAUUUGGGGUGGGCCAGUCAACCCUCAGCAAGAACGGUUACGACAACUCCAACGGUGGAAGCCAGUCUUAUUCAAAAUCGUUCGGCGACAACUUUGCCACCGGCUCAAGUGGUAGAUUCGGCGGAAGCACCGGUGCCAGCCAGUACAACAACAACGCCGGGAACUCGGGCUCGGGUGGUGGGAAGUUUAACACCUUCGGGAACGGUCUCGGAAAGUCUGGUGGCUCCGUCAGUCUCGGCGACACUCACAGCGGCUCGGCCGGCGGGUUCCCGAAGAGCCAGAGCUACCAGGAGGUAGACAGCACGAAGAACGGGGGCGGGUACAGCCACGGAAACAGCUACGCCAAAGACCUGGGCUACAACACCGGCAGCAGCAGCGGCGGUCAGUACAGCGAUAGCGACAAUCAGCACCACGACUUCCAGGACGGCUACGACCGCCAGCAGACCAAGGCAGACAAGAAGUCCUUCAGCAACUCGGACGGUUAUAACAACGCUUUUAGACAAGGGAAAAACUUCGAUGUAACCGACGGCUACAACGACAACGUCAACUACAACAACAAGAACUCCGACUCCAGCCAGACUCAGUACACCACCAAGGAGGGCUACGACCAGGGGGUCUCCAACGUGGCCUCUGGACUGGCCGGCGGUCAGAACAUUGACCCUUACAGGGGUCUACGCUCGUCCGUGCAACAGGGUGUUGGUCCUAACGCCAGUUACAAACCGUUUGACGUUAACAAGCGAGUAUUUUGAAUAAUAAAUAAAGUGUUGCAUA